AUGGCAACUGUCAUGGAUAUAGUUAAUAAGAUUAAUCUUGAGAAGGAAGUAUGGAACCUCAAUAUGGCAACUGCCAUGGAGAUGAUUUUGGUUGAUGAAUCUGGGUGCAAGAUACAAGCUACUAUUUGGAAGACUAUGAUUUACAGGUUCAAACAACUUCUCUCUGAGGAUCGAGUAUAUGUCAUGAAGCUCUUCUCUGUUGUGCCAAACCAAGGAUCUUAUAGGGCCACUAGGCAUCAGUUUAAGUUGAUUUUUCAAUUCAGAACCACUGUCAGGGCUGCUAUCUACGAUUUUAUUCCAAAAUAUGCUCUUACAAUCUCUUCAUUCACUGAAUUUUUGGAAACCAAAGAGGAUUUCGAUUUCUUAGUUGAUGUGGUGGGUCUGUUGGUCUCUGUGUCAGAAGAGAAAGAAUAUGAUAAAAAUGGAAAGAAGAUGAAGAUGAAUGUGAUGGAACUUGCUGAAAAUGAUUAUAGGAUUCGGUGUGCCUUAUUUGGUGAAUAUGUUAAUGAACUUAAUCGAUUUUUGUCUUCUGGGUAUGCUGAACAGCCAGUUGUAGAGUUGGACUUCAAAAUGUUAUGUUUGCAUCAAAGCUUGAAUUUAAUCUUGACAUCCCAGAGUUUUAUUCCACAUGGAGUUAGUGCAUCCCAACCCAUUGGCAUUGUUGGCUCUGAAAAAAAUAUCGGAAUAGAAGAAGAAUUUAUGAAGCUCACACCUAGGUGUACUGUGAAGUUGCUUGAUGAUAACAACCGGGUUGGAACUUUUGUUGUACUAGCAAAAAUAGCUGAAAUAGUUGAGGAUGGUCCUUAG